GAAACUUCCCCUUAAAACUCCAUUUACACUUUAGCUUUCAAAACAAGAUGAAGUGGUUAGUGAUACUUCUCAUGUUCAGCCAUAGUUCAUCUGCAGAGUCACACUUCCUGAAGAUUUACUUCACUGGAUCUUCUGGGUUCACAAAUGUUCCUGCAUUUGAAAUUCUUGGAAAAUUGGAUGACAUCGAAGGAGCUUACUGUAACAACAAAAUAGUUGAUGUAAAAAUAGACUUUGUGAAGAAAUUAUUUAGUGAUGAUCCAAAACUAUUUGAGUUUAUAAAAAGUAGUUGCUUUAUCACUAAUCCUGCCUUCUUCAGACAUAUGAUCGCUGAGCUUAUGAAGAAAUUCAAUCAAAGUGAAGGUAUCCACACUUUCCAGAGGAUAGGUGGCUGUGAACUGAAUAUGGAAACUAAAGAGGUUACUGGCUUUUUGAAGUACGGUUAUGAUGGAGAAGACUUUCUUGAAUUUGAUUUAAAGGGACUGAAAUGGAUUGCACUGAGAAAAGAGGCUCUUUAUCUCAAACAGCUUUGGGAAAUGGAUAGACAAGAUCUCAUUUUUAACAGAGAUCUCCUCACAAAUCAAUGCUAUCAGGCUCUUAAUUACUCCUUGGUCGCUGGACACAACUAUUUGUUUAGAACAGAUUACCCCUCAGUUUCUCUCCUUCAGAAGACUCCCUCCUCUCCAGUCAGGUGUCACGCUACUGGUUUCUACCCAAAGAGUUUCCUGAUGUUCUGGAGGAAGGAUGGAGAGGAGAUUCAUGAGGGUGUGGACCCUGGAGAUAUCCUCAACAAUGAGGAUAGUACAUUCCAGUAUCGUGUUGAUCUGGAUAUUUCUUCAAUCCCAUAUAAGGACUGGGCGAGGUAUGACUGUGUGUUUCAGUUUACUGGAGCUGAGGACAAAAUCCUGAUCAAGCUGGAUAAAGAAGUAAUCAAGACCAACUGGGAUCAAUCAUCUGAGAUAAGGAUUAUCAUUAUUGCUGUCAUUUCUUCUGUGAUAACCAUCAUCAUCAUCGCUUUAGCAUUUACUGCCUACAAGAAGAGAAAUGGUAAGAGCAUCUUAAAGCUGGACUUGUCCUCAAACUUAAUCAAGUACAAACUGAAGAAGACAGCAAACCCCUUGUAGAAUUUGUUACUCUUUUUCUGACAUUUAUGUUCCACCAAAUAAUCUGUGCAGUAAUUCUAAGAUUAGUAGAUUAACAGCAUGUUUUUGUUCUUCAGAUUCUGAAAAUAUGUUUCUCUGAGAAACUGACUUGAGAAUCAAGAUGGAGAAAUGCAUCAUCCUGCUCUGACUUUGGUUUCCUAAUGGGAUUGUGGGAAUUUAAGCCUUUAUGAAAUCAAAAAGAAUAAGUUAGGCUUUAUCAAAGUAAUACCUGUCAUUCAUUUAAUUUGUACAAAUAAAAUCCCUCUAAGGAUGAAUUCAUACCUACAUUAUCUUUUGGUCGUUUGUAAAUGAUUUUAUGCUGUAUUGUAUUUAUUACCUACAUGUAUUGCAAGCCACAUUUAUUGGCAGCAGUUGAUAAGGAUGAGUAAAAAGCCUUAACAUAAAUGUAUAUUUUGUUGGAGAAGCAUUAAUGGAUGUACAUAAAACAGCAUUUCCUUUUCACUGCUAUUUAGCAGCUAUGUUUAUGUUGCAUGCACCAUGGUCAAUACUAUGUUUGAAAUGCAUUGCAGUGAUAUUUUUACAUAAAGAAGCCUGUCUCCUAAACCUGUUUCAACAGAACAAGGAACAAUUUUGAUAUAUGCAUAAUGUUUAGUAAAAGUGUAUGUAACUUAUAGACAUAAUGAAAGUGGAUAUGUUGAAUUCCCUAAAAGUACAAUAUAAUGAAUUAAGUGCAAUGAUCUGUUCUGCCACAUUUUUGCUGCUUACUUUGACAUUGAUGUUUUAGUGGCUUCAUAGUGAGAACUAUUUCCUAAAUGGAUAUUUAUGAGAAAUGUACAACAACUGUAAAUCUAAAUCCAGCUGUGUUAUACUUUGCACUUCUUUCAUUAAAUAUCACCUACAAACCA